CAGACAGCCCAAUUCUCUUGACACUCAUUCCGUCCAAUUCUCUUGACACUCAUUCCGUCCAACUUAGAUUCGAAAUCCUGUCAGUUUACUGAUCUCCGUUCUUUACUGUACUCAGCGACAGCGAAACGAGACUGUUAGAGCCAUAUACUUUUGGAAGCAAUGGCAUGGAGAGGACAACUUUCCAAAAACAUAAAAGAACUUCGGUUUUUGAUGUGCCAGUCAUCAUCUGCAAGUGCAUCUGCAAGGGCUUUUGUGGAAAAGAAUUAUAAGGAACUGAAGACAUUGAACCCAAAAUUGCCGAUAUUAAUCCGUGAGUGCAGUGGAGUUGAACCCCAGUUAUGGGCUAGAUAUGAUUUGGGUGUUGAGAAAGCCAUCAAAUUGGAAGGGUUGUCAGAGGCACAAAUCUCUAAGGCUCUUGAAGAUCUGGCAAAAGCAGGACAGUCGUCCAAAGCAUGACAGUGCACAGUGCUGCUUAUUUUCCAUGUCUGAACUGGAAUAAAUGAUUUCAUGCUUCGCUUGUUAUAGCUAACUGCUUUUGGUAUUAAAAUAAGCCAGAUUUAUGUUUGUUUCUUCUGUCUCUUUCUGCAUCUUACAUAAAUUUCAUGUAAGACACUGAUGAGUUUAAGUUGAAAUCCUAGUUUUGUAUGUUAGAA